AUGGCUUCAAGGCCAGGUAGACACACAGUACGUGAGGUAACUUCCAAAAAGAAGGCUGAAAUAGAUGCAGCCGCUACUCUUCAACGAGUAGGCCAAAAUGCCUACAAAGUUGGUGAUCUCCAAGGCGCCCUUCAGUCCUUCACCCAGGCACUGGUGCUGAAUGGUGAAGAUGCUAGCAUUUUGGAUAAUCGCGCCGCUACUCAUUGCAGGCUGAAACUAUACAGCCAGGCUCGUACUGAUGCCAGAGCGAUGGUCAAACUUGCACCCAAUGAUGACCGUACAAAGGGAUACCUGCGCUUGGCCAAGGUCCUAUGUCUGGAUGGCAAAUUUGACAAGGCUCAAGAAAUCUACGAAUAUGCCCUCAAGAAACUCCCAGCCGAUCACUCCGGCCGCAAGGUUGUCACACAGUUGCUCAAGAAACUGCAGGAUAAGCUGGCAGGAGGAAACAGGCGUGAUCCAUUCAGUGCACUGCCACUAGAGGUCGCCGUACUCACGCUUCAGUGCUUCUCUUUCAAGCAGAUCGUGGCGAUUCUACGCGUCUGCAAAGGAUGGAGCCGGUUUAUAAGUGGUCUGUCUAGCCUCUGGAUGCAUAUUGAUCUCCUAGACGCUAGAUCUCGUGUACCUUGGACAUCUGUCCGAAAUUACAUUCAUCGAUCGCGAGCGCAACUGACACAUGCCACCAUUGCAAAUAUUGUUCCCUCUGCCGCCCCAAAGGUGCUUGACAUGCUAAGCAGAUGCACCGAACUAGAGCACUUGAAGUUGAUGGUCCCCCACGACCAGCCUAACGAAUUCUAUCUGAAAAUCAAAAGAGAGUUUCGGCAACUGAAGAGUAUCACCUGUGGACCAGAUAUAAGCCUUUCGGAGGGAUGCGUUGGGGAUAUUUUAUCCACUCUCUCGAACCUCGAGAAAGCUGCAUUCUUCAAUGUUUGCGAUAUUCCUACUGGAAGGCCUCGACCGAGGUCAACCUGGCCGCAACAUCUUCCAAACAUGAAGAGUCUGACCAUUGCGUCUUCGCAAGAGAAUGCCAACGUCUUGAGCUUCCCGUCCAUAAUUCCUGAGUUUACAUCGGGGAGUUUAGGCUGCUUUGGGACCACCCGCGACCCCGCUCGUACCGGUUUGAUCCGGUGCAGGUGGAUGAGCAUCUUCCCCCCUCCGUAUACUCGAACUUUGGGGCGCGGCUGUCCCGCCUACCUUUUAUGCAAUCCUUCCAACCAGCCUCGAGGGUCCAUCGAUCCUCCUCGCUCUGGAAACUCCAUGUUAAUGGGAGGUGAUGGACUCCCAAACCUUGAGACACUGGUAUUCGAUAACAUCUCGUGGGUCAACCACUUCACUCUAAUCUUGUUCCUCAUUCAUUCAAAGGCUCCACUCCGAAGCCUUCACGUAAACCUUUGCUACAACAUCCGUGGUGAAGAAUUCAUUAGUCUCCUUGAGGACUCCGCUGGAGCGAAUCCAGAAUUGAGAGAAUUGACUGAGGUGGGAGUCGUCGGCAUGUCUGACCUGGAAGAUGGCAAUGUUGAAAAGCUCUGGGCACUAUUGCCAAAACUCAGAACUUUCAACUUGUCGGAGACGAGAAUCACCGGCUGUACCAUUCGCAUGUUUGCGGAUGCCCGGAAUGAAGAACCAGCCCGCACAAAGCUCGAGAGCUUGGUCAUAAAAGGAUGUGACGGUGUGUCUCGUGAUGCUAUUGACUAUGGACGGCAAAUGGGACUCAAUAUUGUUACCUAA